AUGUCCGCCCCCGAAGCCACAGGCACACGCCAACGCGUCUCCAAGCUUGACGCCCCCACCGAGGAGCACAAGAACCCCUCGUCAUUGAGCGCCAAUCCCACCAAGAAGGUUGAGCGCAACAAGCCCAAUGUAAAACCACCCUUCAUUGAUGUCUCUAUGAACAAGUUCCUCACCUACCUCGUCCUUUCCUUGCUUCUCGUGCUCAGUUUUUAUGUGUGGCGCUUUACGGUGUGGGCCCACAACGCGGGGGGAUACUGGGCACUCAUGACUGGUCAUCAUAUAUCACCUGCCGCCCAGGCGGCGAGGGAGGCGGCGAGUGCAGCCAGCGCAAGUUCGAGUGUGGCUGCUGCCACCGCUAGCAGUGUCUCCAAGGCCGGCAGCAAGUCCGGAGCUCCUUCUGAUAUCAAGCCCAAGCCCACCCAAGCUGCCUCCAACCCUGAACAAGACAUCCAAUCCCAGAUCUUCCAACUCGCCGCCGCCCUCGGCAUCAAACCCGCCGAACUCUCUUCUGCGAUCCGUCCUCUUGUUGACCCCUCUGCGCCCGACCCUGCUGAGAAGGUCAAGCACGAGGCCGAGGCGCUCAAGGCUGAGAUGGAGGCAAAGCAGAAGGAGAAUGAGAACCAGGAGGGCGGCGUUUUGGACAUGUUAGGGGAGGCUUUGUUGGACUAG